AUGGACGUGAAAGCGCAGGAGGCGUUAUGGGCCGCGGCGGUGCUCCAGAACGAGCAGAUGCUGGACGGGAUAUACAAGAAGCUCAGAGCGCGUCACGGUGAGUGGACGUUCACUUCGCUCGGUUUCGAUUUCGUUCGUGAUACAUUUUUGAAAGGCGUCAGAGGAUGGUGCGGGGUUUCGCCGACCCUGACGAAAGGCGACAUGGCGGACGCCGGGGACGAGAUGACGCCGUUCCCGCAGCCGAUCGAGCUCGACUGCGUGUUCGACACGACGUGGCUGCCCGUCGCGGAGGAGGUCAAGAACAUCGCGGAACGACGCGGCGUGAAACUGCUGAUCGUCGCGCAUCACCCGAAGAAGAUUUGGGAACAGUGGCUCGCGGGGUCCGUCUCCAAGUACCUCAUCGACGAGGCGACGAUGCCCGUGGUCGUCGUGCACGGAUGA